AUGAAGACUGGCUCUAACUUUGACAAGAUUGGAGUGUUGGUGAUCCCUGCAGGAGCGGUUUUGGUGGUGUGCAAAACCUCAACAACCAGCACCAUGUGUGGCAGCUACUACGGAGGCUGCGGCUACGGAGGCUGCGGCUACCGAGGCUGCGGCUGCGGCUACGGAGGCUGCGGUUACGGAGGCUGCGGCUACGGAGGCUGCGGCUACCGAGGCUGCGGCUACGGAGGCUGCGGCUACGGAGGCCUGGGCUGUGGCUCUGGCUGUGGCUACGGCUGUGGCUGUGGCUGUGGCUACGGCUGUGGCUACGGAUAUCGCUCCCGCUCUCUCUGUGGCUAUGGAUGCGGCUCUGGCUUUGGUUGCUACUAA